AUGGAGUCGCGCUUCCUCGGCGCGCUGUCGGGCACCGUCAAGAGCCCCGAGCAGGACGCGCCGCUGCUCGUGAACCGUGCGCCCCCGCACGUGCACGGCCUGCCAGACGUGCCGCUUCCGCUUGGCCUCCCGCGCAGUGUCGCCCAAGUCAGCGGGGUGCUGUCGAUGCUCAACGUGGAGGACAUGUUGCAAAAGAAAGUCCCCACCCGCAUUCUCGCGCGUGCGUGGCGGGCGUGCUUCGUUGUCGUCGACGACCGCGGACUGGCGGUGUACCGCAGCGAAGAGGACUACCGUCAACACGCAUUCCAGUGCGCUCUGGUGGUGGCGCCGUUCCGUGACAUGGAGUACUUCGUGCCGUCCUUCCGCGACUUGCCGAUGCGGGAGGAGGAGUUGUGUGACGCCGUGGCGGUCGGCGGCGGCGGUGGUCAGCAGAAGCAGCGGCAUCGCCAUGGGGGGCGCAGCAGCAGCAGCACCAGGAGGUUCCUCCGCACCCUCAUCGGGAGGGGCAAGCGGAAGGGUGCCUCAGACGCGAGCGAGGGGCACGAUAAAAGCGACGAGGAGUUGGGUUCGCAGGAAGAUGGCAGCAAGCCCUCGCAAAGAAAGCGCUUUGAUGUGUACGAAAUGCAAAUGGCCCGCAUUGCCAUUGAGCACGCAAACGACGUGAACUAUGCGUACUUUGGUUUCAUUGCGAAGCAGCCUGCGGCGCAUGUGGGAGGAAAGGUGGUGAACCCGCCUAUCCUCUUUCGCUCGCAGAGCGCGCAGGAGCACGUGGAGUGGGCGCACUACUUCGCACAGUGCUUCAACCGCAGGUUAUACCGCGAGAUGUUCCCUACAGCUCUCGCCGAGUCGUACGCGGGGACUGGCACGAAGGAGACGCAGACAGACGUGGAGGUCACAGAGGCUAUUGAAGCAGCAAGAGCAGAAGCAGCAACAACAGAAGAAAGCACGGCAGCGGAGGAGAGAGAGAAGGUGGCACAUGUUGUCGCAGAGGUGGAAACAGAAGUCGCGGGAGUAACCACAACGGAUGUGGCAUUACAAUGUUCCCCACCCCAGGGGAUCGAUGCGGCAACCAACACGGAAGAGGCAAACAGGGAGUGGGUCUUGUCGUCGUCAUCGUCGCCGGUGCUGGCUACAACACCACCGCCGCCGCCGCCGCCGAGCAGCACGCCACCCAUGUGGAGCGUCAUGGAGCGUGGCGGCGGCGCACAGGCUGUUGACAGCGCAGAUGGAGACAUCCCACAAGCCAGUAGUGAAGCGGCAGUUGUGGUGGUGAAUGCCGGCGAACCACAGGAAGUGCCGUGGAAGGAACUUGUCAUGGAACUACGUGAGUUGUUGGUGACCAAAAACACGGAGCGUGAGGAGCUGCAGCAGGAGUGUGAUGGUCUGCGUANCCGUGUUCAGCAGUUGCUGCAUGAGUCGCAUGAGAUGCGUCGGCUCGUGGAAGAUCGCGAGCGUCUUCGAGAUCAGCUCCAGGACUCCCACGUGGCGCGCAGUGCGGAAGCGCAGCGGCUGCACGAGGCGCUGGAGAGCCUCCACGCGGCGCAAGAAUCCGCGCUCACUGCGGAGACGGCGAGGCAGGACACCGCCUCACGCGAGCAGCAGCAGGGGGCGCGUGUCCAGGCGCUGCAGCAGGAGGUGGUGCAGCUGCGCCAGGAGCGAGAGCUGCUCGCUGCGGAGCUGUUGGCGGUGAAGGACGGCUACAGCGAGGGGCUGCGAUCGCUGGCAAGGAGGGCCCUGGGGGACAUUGACUACCUGCAUGACGCCUACACUGCAGAGGAGUACUUGCGCGCCCUGCACGGCAAUGAUGCCCAUCCCCGCGUGGAGCACAGUGACGGAGGCGCGAGCCACGAUAGCAGCCGCGACGACACGCCGAGUCCGCAGCAACGGCGUCACGUGCAGCUUCCGAGUGAGCCGCCACCCGCGACGUCUAUGCGGCAGCCCGCCGCUGCUGUUGCGGCGGCGACCAAUGAGGCGUCGAGGACAGGCGCCACCAGAGACUGCUCAGCGAAAUCAAAGAAGGAGCAGCAUGUGGCAACUGACGCGGACGCAGUAGGUGUCGCCAUGCUUCUUGUGUCCUUUACGCCGCAGCAUAUGGCUAUUGACGGUUGCUUCACCGUCGAUGAGGCGCAGGCGCGGCUGCUGCGUAGCGGCCCGUCAGCAACGCAGCGCGGGCGGCAGUGGGUGAUUCUACACCACAACACCGGUGCCGUGUUCGCUGUGACAGCAGAGCUUCAGACAGAGGCGCACGCACCGCAAGUAGAAGCAGAGGCAAAAACAACAUUACGCGCCGCUUCGCACCGUAAUGAACCCAACAACGCGCUGCCACGGAGGGCGUUGCUGCGGCGAGCCUCCUCUGUGUCCACGCCAACGGUGCGUUCCAGCAGUUCGCGACAGCUGCGAGAACGGUUGCUCUCUACCAAUGCUGCCGCGGGCAAACCCGUCGCGCGUGAGAAGUCGCGGGUGGGGCAAUGA